AAAGGUACAACGUCUAUUUGCAGGAGCGUAUUCGAAUGCCGCCAGAUCCAGAAUUCAAAUUUAUUUUCCUGCUUCUCUCUUUCUCUCUCUCUAUCUUUCAAACCCUAACUUCCAAAAUCCACCCCAGUGUCUCGUUUGAUUUCACUCGAAACCAGUUGGAUCGAAACUCGGGCGUUCUUGUCUUCUCUUCUCUUCUUUUUGCUUCUCAGAUUAUGCGAUAAGCGUCCCCGCAUCAAUAACCCUCUGGAAAGCUUCGGUGUGCGGUUUAAUAAUGGCCUCACGCAACCAGAAUCGGGCUCCUCGAAGCCCCUCUACUAAAAAGGAAGCCGUCGAUGAAGCUCCAUAUGACAAGCGCAGGAGACUUGCGGCAUCAAGAAUGACAGGUGCACAGCCUGGCAAUAGCACCAGGAGGCUGCCCUUUUCAUCAGUCAACAAUAGACAAGAUGCUUCUGCUGCUGCGGAUGUAAAGAGUGUCGAGGGAUCAGAUAAUGCAAGUGUUGAGUUCACAAAAGAUGAAGUUGAGGCCUUGCUAAAUGAGAAGUUGAAAUCAAGCAAGUUUGAUACCAAGAAGAGAUUGGAACAGUUGACUGAUCACAACAAGAGGCUCAAAAUAUGUAUCAAAUGGUUCCAACGAGCUGAGGAGAACAGCCUUGUUGAGCAGGAAAAGCUUCGAACUGCAUUGGAAUGCAGUGAAAAAAAGUGCAAUGAUACUGAGGUGGAGAUGAAAACUAAAAUAGAGGAGCUUGAAGCUACUAGUUCUGAGUUGCGGAAAACGAUUGUGAUGCUUGAAGAGAAAUUGGCCAAUGAAGAAUCAGAUAAGCUGGAUGCAAUCAAUCUUCAUAGAAGAGAAAAAGAGGCAAGGGAAGCUGCUGAAAAGUUGCAAGCCUCUGUCUCAGCUGAGCUUGAAAAAGCAAAGCAAGAAAAAUUAAUUGCUGAUCAGAGGGUCUCCACAAGUGAGGAUUUGUACGAGCGAGCCCAAGAGUAUAAUAAGAGUCUACAGCAGUACAACAGUAAGCUCCAAAAGGAUCUUGAAGCAGCCAGUGAGUCUCUAAAACGAGUGGAAAUGGAGAAACUUGCUAUUGUGGAAAAUCUUGGAACUUUAAGGGGUCACAAUAAAUCAUUGCAAGAUCAGUUAAUUUCAAUUACGGCUUCUUGGGAUGAUGCUAUUAAACAGAAAGAGUCCUUGGCUAAUGAACUUAAACACAUACGGGUGGAACUACAACAAGUGAGAGAUGAUCGUGAUCGCCUAGUGAAACAAGUGCAGGAAGCGUCUGCUGAAGUGGAGAAAUUUAAGAAUGUUCAUGGGAGGUCAGUUGCAGAGCUUGAUAACUUGUCAAUGAAGUCAGAUGCAUUGGAGGCCACUUGUUCAUCACAGAGGGAGCGAUUAUGUGCUCUUGAGGUUCAGCUAGCUGCUGCCAAUGAGAAAUUAAAGAUGGCCGACUUUUCUACUUCACAAGCAAGGGAAGAAUUUGAAGAGCAGAAGAAAGUUGUGCAGGAGUUACAAGACCGUCUGGCAGAAACAGAGAUCAAAGUUGUUGAAGGAGAGAAUCUAAGAAAGAAGCUGCACAACACUAUUCUGGAGUUAAAAGGAAAUAUUAGAGUGUUUUGUCGAGUACGACCGUUGUUGCCAGAUGAUGGUGUCGGUACAGAAAAAGCUGUUGUUUCAUACCCUACUUCAACAGAAGCUCUUGGUCGGGGCAUUGACAUAUUACAAAAUGGGCAGAAGUUUCCUUUUACUUUCGACAAAGUGUUUAGUCACGAAGCAUCUCAACAAGAUGUUUUUAUAGAGAUAUCACAACUGGUACAGAGUGCGCUUGAUGGCUAUAAGGUUUGUAUAUUUGCUUAUGGUCAGACGGGUUCUGGUAAAACAUAUACCAUGAUGGGUAGGCCAGAAGCCCCGGAACAGAAAGGGCUUAUACCACGUUCUCUUGAACAAAUAUUCCAAAUAAGCCAGUCACUAAAGUGCCAGGGCUGGAAAUACAAGAUGCAGGUAUCAAUGCUAGAAAUAUACAAUGAGACAAUUCGUGAUCUGUUAUCAUCAAACCGGUCAAGUAAUUCAGACCUAACGCGGACAGAUAGUGGUACUCUUGGAAAGCAGUAUACAAUUAAACAUGAUGCAAAUGGGAACACAUAUGUUUCAGAUCUCACUAUUGUUGAUGUAUGUAGCAUAAAAGAAAUUUCAUCUCUUCUACUACAAGCAGCACAGAGCAGAUCUGUUGGCAAGACCCAAAUGAAUGAGCAAUCAUCCAGAAGUCAUUUUGUGUUCACAUUGCGAAUUUCUGGUGUUAAUGAGGGUACUGAACAACAAGUUCAAGGUGUCCUAAACCUUAUUGAUCUGGCCGGAAGUGAACGGCUUUCCAAGAGUGGUGCAACUGGAGAGCGUUUAAAGGAAACUCAGGCUAUCAAUAAAAGUUUGUCCUGCUUGAGUGAUGUUAUAUUCUCUUUAGCCAAAAAGGAAGAUCACAUUCCUUUCAGGAACUCUAAGCUGACAUAUCUUCUUCAGCCAUGUCUGGGAGGUGACUCCAAGACUCUUAUGUUUGUCAAUCUGUCACCCGAUUCUUCUUCAGUUGGGGAGUCGCUCUGUUCUCUACGAUUUGCUUCCAGGGUUAAUGCCUGUGAAAUUGGCAUUCCUCGACGGCAGACAAACAUGCGGAUCGCAGACUCUCGCUUGAGCUGUGGCUAAAAUCGUUUUGACACAUUUUUAUUUGUGUCUGCUCAUCUCAUGGUUUGUGUGUAAAAUGGAAGUAGUAAUGAUUGGGUUUUGUAUCAUUGUUUGUAGAUUUUUCUGAUUCUAAGCUGCUAAUUUGUACGUGUAGAAAUUAUAUUGAGAUCAGUAUAAAUUUAUUGUCUCUACUCUCCAGUGAGUGCGACGAACUAUCAAUUUCAUAAUCCAUAUGAAACUCCGUCACUGGAUGUUUUCUUUCCUACCUUAUGAGGAGUCUGUAACAGCUCAUAAAUUCUUAUGUAUGGCAAUUAUUUUUCUGUCUUUUUUUUCUGUUUUACAUAAAAAGAUAUCCAGGACUGCAUGUACUUC